AUGAAGAUUGCAUCGGCCAUCCUCGCCCUGGUGGUAGCUGUCCAGGCGCAUUACACCUUUCCUGCACUCGUGUCAGAUGGAUCUGCCUCUGGAAAGUGGGAAUUCGUCCGCAAGACGACAAACUACCAGUCCAACGGCCCAGUGACGGACGUGACGUCGUCGCAGAUCCGUUGCUAUCAGCUCGCGGCCGGAAAUGAGGGCGCUCAGACAAAGACGGUCGCCGCAGGCUCCACGGUUGGUUUCACCGCAGACGCCUCCGUCAGCCACCCUGGCACACUGCAAUUCUACAUGGCCAAGGUCCCGUCUGGGCAGACCGCGUCGGCCUGGGAUGGCGAUGGUGCCGUCUGGUUCAAAAUCUUCUCCCAGGGACCCAACAUCUCCCCCAGUGGAUUGACUUGGCCUAGUCAAGGUGCAGCGCAGGUCACAGCCAAAAUCCCCCAGUGCCUGGCCCCUGGCGAUUACCUCUUGCGCGUUGAACACAUUGCGCUCCAUAGUGCUAGUAGUGCCGGUGGUGCCCAGUUUUACAUUUCAUGCGCUCAACUCACAGUCACGGGAAGCGGAACAAAGUCCUUUUCCGGUGUCUCCUUUCCGGGUGCUUACAAGGCGACCGACCCCGGCAUUAUGCUCAACAUCUACUAUCCGGUACCAACAAGCUACACAGCUCCCGGGCCUGCAGUCGUCACUUGCUAG